UGCAGGUGUCUGAGAGUCCUCCAUCUCCCUGGAGCCUCGGGAGCGGCAGCUCGGGUGCAGGGUGGAGAGAGGCGGAUCCCGGAGGCCCCGGCCCCGCUGCGUCCUACUGUGGUUAGGGAUGAGGACUCCGCGUCCUGCAGACGUUAAGUGAUUUGCCCAAGGUGCCCUCUUCGUGAUAUUUGGAGCCAUUCUAUCAGCCUACCAUAGGUCUAAAGGAGUGCCUGAACAGAAUGGCUUCAGGGUGGUUUUACCUGUCCUGCCUGGUGCUGGGGUCCCUGGGCUCGAUGUGCAUCCUCUUCACUGCCUACUGGAUGCAGUUCUGGUGUGGUGGCUUUGCUUGGGAUGGCAGCACCCACACGUUCAACUGGCACCCGGUGCUCACAGUUGCUGGCAUGGUGGUGUUCUAUGGAGCUGGGUCGCUGGUGUACCGCCUGCCCCAGUCAUGGCUGGGGCCCAAGCUGCCCUGGAAGCUCCUCCACGCAGCGCUGCACCUGAUGGCCUUCAGCCUCACUGUCGUGGGGCUGGUUGCUGUGUUCAAGUUUCACAACCACAACCACAUUGCCAACCUCUACUCCCUGCACAGCUGGCUGGGCAUCACUGCCGUCUUCCUCUUUGCCUGCCAGUGGUUCCUGGGCUUUGCCAUCUUCCUGCUGCCCUGGGCGUCCCUGUGGCUGCGCAGCCUCCUUAAACCCAUCCACGUCUUCUUUGGAGCUUCCAUCCUCUCUCUGUCCAUUGCAUCUGUCAUUUCCGGCAUCAAUGAGAAGCUUUUCUUCACUUUGAAAAACGCCACCAAGCCGUACUCCAGCCUGCCCAGCCAGGCUGUCUUUGCCAACUGCACUGGGAUGCUGGUGGUGACCUUCGGGCUGCUGGUGCUCUACAUCCUUCUGGCGUCCUCUUGGAAGCGCCCAGAGCCAGGGAUCCUGACUGACAGACAGCUGCUGCUACAGCCGAGGCCUGGAUCCCCGCCUUUCCCUGUGGCUUACAUGCCUGUCACCACCGGGCAGCCCCACGAACCCUGGUAACCUGCUCUCCCAAGAACAGACCACCUGUCCCCAGAUGUCCCAAUAGUGAUGAGUGACAGAGGUGGCUGUGGACUUCCUUUACUUCUCCUUGCUGGGUCCUGCCCUGCCCCUUGGCAGGUCCAACUUUGCUCUUUUGACAGGGCCCUGGCCCUGCUGAUCACUCUCCAGCUCUCCACAAAACGGGUGCCAAAGUUGUGGCCUCCUAUGUCCAGCAGAGCCCUGGGAGCCACUGCCACCCUCAGAGGGGUUCCUUGCUGAGAACCAAAGCUCUUAACCUGCCCCUACAAUGGCUGCAUGCCUGGCUAAACCCAGUCUUCUGUGCUGUGUCCGAGUGUGAGCUGCUGCUCUUCUCCUGAGGGGGAGCUGGGCUGGGGAGGGAGGAGCCUCACUCCUCUCCUACGUGUUGCUGUUGUGGCUUUUCUUGCCUUCUCCAAACAAGCCCUGCCAGAUCCCAGGCCCUGCACUGCUGUGCUUAGUAGACAAGUGGGAAGCCUGGGUUUGGAGCCCACCUACUUGCUGGCGAGUAGUGAUGAGGCCGACUGUCCAGCCCAGCCCCACGUCGCGAGAUGUUGGCAGAAGGGCCAAGACUGAACUUCCUGAUGCGAUGACACCUUCAAAGCCAUUGGGAUGACUGCCAGCCACUGUGCUCACGUGAACGCUCCCCCUUUCCCUAUG